AUCUUGUAAACGAAGAAGAAGCUACCGCUUGCCAUAGCGUAGCAACAAGUCAAGCAAGUCAAGCAAGAGAGUUUCAGCUGAGGUGAGAGAGAAACUUCACAGAUACAAAUCCAAAAAUACAAAAAAAAAAGACGCGGCUUAUCUCACAAUCCAAAACCUUCAAAUCGAGUUGAGAAUUUUGCAGUUUUGGCUAUAUAUUGUAGAAUUUAAGAGCUUUCUGUUUCUUCAAAACCAGAACAAGCAAGCGAGAUCACUAAUGGAAAAAGGAGUAGCUCUUUACAUAGGUUAUGACAAUAAGAGUGUUUGCUCUCCCAUCAGCACAUGUGCUAAGAAUGUUGUCCACCUGAGUGCCCAUUUUCAAUCCCAGAUGGGCAGCAAAAUCUGUGCUGCAGUGUCACGAGGACCAUCCAAUUUGCGUUGUUUCUAUUUGUACCCUGGGCAUUCAAAAACAAACUAUGGUAGCAUGUCUGUUUCCAAGAUAUUAUCUACUCCAUCACGUGCUAACCAAACGUUCCAUGGAAGCUGUUUCAGGUCUUACUUCUCAAAUCAAAGGGGAAACUUGCUAGUUAAAUGUUUAAGCAGUAAAGGACCUCAGAAAAGGCAUCUUGAAAUUUCAUUAGCGUGCCAAAAUUUGAAUAUGAAGCUUUUGGUGCCAAAAAAAGGAAUGCUUCCCAAAAUCAAGUGUAAUGUGGGGCCAGUAUCUUGGCCCCAGGGAUGUGCCUCUGCUGGCUUAAUUUUUGGCUUACUGGUUUGUUGUUCAAAUUCUGAACCCACACAUGCAGAGGCAUCUCACAAGGAGGGGCAUAAGGAAGAAGAAUCAUGUGCUAAAUUCUCACAUGGGAAGAAAGUCUAUACGGAUUAUUCAAUCACUGGGAUACCUGGUGAUGGGAGAUGUCUGUUCCGCUCUGUUGCUCAUGGGGCUUGUUUACGAUCAGGGAAACCAGCUCCAAAUGAAAGCUUACAAAGAGAACUAGCGGAUGAUUUACGGGCUAAAGUUGCAGAUGAGUUUAUCAAAAGAAGGGAAGAGACCGAAUGGUUUGUCGAAGGAGAUUUUGACACAUAUGUAUCACAUAUAAAGAAGCCACAUGUAUGGGGAGGUGAGCCUGAAUUGUUCCUAGCUUCACAUGUUCUCCAGGAAAAGAACCAGUCCAAGAUGCACUUACUGCAUUGCAGACUAUUCAUCUUUUACAUAAUCUUGGAUGUUGAACUGAUAGGAGUUAGCUACAGGAUGCCAAUUACAGUAUACAUGUACGAUGAGGAUGCUGGUGGCUUGAUAUCCAUAGCUGAGUAUGGCCAAGAGUAUGGAAAAGAAAAUCCCAUCAGAGUUCUCUACCAUGGUUUUGGUCACUAUGAUGCAUUGCAGAUGCCAAGAAAGAAGAGCGAUAGAUCACGACUUUAGUUUUCAUAUUUGAACAACAGAAGAGCGGUUGUUGUUUUGAACUAUAACCAACGAAAGUGGAUUAUAAAUUGUAUCAUUUUUUUUUUCUGCUAUAAUAAGUGGAAGAAGGAGGAUUUGAACUUAGGUUCUCCUUAUGAGGAUAGUUGGGCGAUGUCACUGAGCUAUAAGGCUCUUGCCACAUCAUCUUCUUAUUUGUAUUCUAGAUAUCAUAGUUAAAGAAAUGAUUGAAUUCACUCGAGACAAGCUGAGAAUAAGACGUUAGUUCUAAUAACAGAAUCUUUCCUAUGCAA